AUGCCUCUGGUCGUCGACAUCCACACUCAUGUCUACCCGCCCUCAUAUCUGGCGAUGCUGCGCACUCGCAAAACAGUCCCCUACAUCCACGACCCAUCAACGCAGGCUUCGCCCCGCCUCAUCAUCCUCUCCUCAGACGAUGACCCGGCCAUCCCUCUCGACCAGCGCGGGCGUCCCAUCGAUGCCUCCUACUCCGACAUCAGCACCAAGCUCAGCUUCAUGAAGCAGCACGGCAUAAACAGCAGCGUCAUCUCCCUCGCCAACCCCUGGCUAGACUUCCUAGUUCCCAAAGAAGCCCAAGAAUGGGCCCAGCGCAUCAACGAUGAUCUAGAAUUCACCUGCGCGCAAGCCAACCACACCGCAGACCCAACAGGCACGCGCCCACUCUCCGAGAAACAGACGCUUUUCGCCUUCGGCGCCUUGCCCCUCAGCGCACCGGAUCCCGCAACAAUCGUGACAGAAAUCCAGCGCCUCUCCACACUCCCCCACAUGCGCGGCGUCAUCAUGGGUACCUCCGGCCUAGGCACCGGCCUCGACGACCCGCGCCUCGACCCCAUCUGGGCCGGUUUACAGGACUCGCCGCUGCUGCUGUUCCUGCAUCCGCACUACGGGCUCCCCGACGACGCCUUUGGGGCCGACACGACCAAUCGAUACGGCCAUGUGCUCCCGCUGGCGCUGGGGUUCCCGCUCGAAACUACCAUUGCCGUCACCCGCAUGCUGCUGGCGGGCGUGUUUGACCGGUUCCCGCGGCUGCGCGUCUUGCUGGCGCAUUCUGGUGGCGCACUUCCGUUUCUUGCGGGCCGGAUUGAGAGCUGUAUUCGUCAUGAGCGCAAGUUUGUUGCCAAUGGUGGUCAGCUGCCUGGGCCGAGGCGCAGUGUUUGGGAUGUCUUGAGCUCAAAUGUCUAUCUUGAUGCCGUUGUUUAUGGGUCUGCUGGGUUGAAGGCGGCUGUUGCUGCCGGGGGAGGCUCGGAUCGUCUUUUAUUUGGUAGGUUCUGGGAAAUGAUUCUAUUGGGAGUCGAGAUAUAUAUCCUGAUGCUGAUAGUUCAAUUCUGCACAGGGACUGAUCAUCCGUUCUUUCCGCCUCUAGGGGAGGAAGAGCAAGAAUGGCCGAGUGUGACGACAAACUAUAAGGCCAUUCAUGAGUCCUUUGAUGACGAUCGUGAUGCCAUGGAUGCGGUCUUGGGUGGCAAUGCCGUCCGCAUUCUCGAUUUGAAAUAA